AUGGACAUGGUUGUAUUACCAGUUUUGUUCCUGUUGGGGUCGCUGUUUCCCUGUGGUUGUGUGGAGGCCCAGUCCACCAGCGCCAGUGAAUUACUGAAACAGGCUGCACUCCAAUGGAAUGGACCUGUGACCUGUGACAAAUGGGACUGCAAUUGUGCCUUCAAAGAGCGUGGCUGCUGCUGUGCAGCCAAAGAUAUGUUCCAAUUAGAAGAGGACACCUUCAUGAGGAUGAAACAUGUGUGGCAGGGUAUCAGCACACUGAAUCACAGAGUCCAAGAGCUCACAGAUGGUGUCCGUGUUGCCUUCAAAGCCACCAUGAAUCCAAAUAAUACCACUCCUGGUUCUACUGAAUAUUGCUUUGGUCCUUUUAAUAUUAACGUGCCAAUCCCCUACUCUGUCGUCACUCUUAACCAUGACAAUGCAUAUAACCCUUCCUUGGGUAUCUUCACUGCCCGUUCUGCCGGCGUUUAUGUCUUUUCCUUCACAGUCUACUCAUAUAUAAUAGAGUAUGGGCGCCUCUACCAUAAAGUCCAGCUGAUGAAGAAUGGGAACCUCAUUGCCAGCGUGUGGGAAGACAAUCGUGAAGAUAGUGAAGACAAUGCCAAUCAGGUGGUGGUACUGCAGCUGCAGAAAGGUGAUCAGGUCUACGUUGAGCUGGUAUCUGGAAGGAAACUCUGCAAAUACCUGGAGUAUAAUAUCUUCACUGGUUACAUACUGUACCCCCAACCAUCCCCCUACAUUGUUGACUUUGACUUCUAAACUUUUAGACUCCACAGGACCUUAAAUAAAUACAUUUCACCUCGCUCAACUGAGAUCCUGAUUCAUGAAAACAAACUAAUGUUCUUCAGCACCAGAAGUAGGUUUUUGACCCGUCAUGAGACAAGCCCCAUAGUUUAACCCCUGCAGUAGAGAUAAACAAGAUAAGUCGUAUACACACAUAGACUGGUGCAUGUGC